UAUUUCGGAAGAUUUAGGUGCCACUUGAUGGCAAUAAAACUUGAACGCGGUUGACAAAAGCCUCGAGUGUUGGAAGCUUGGAGUGGAACUGUGCUUCUCGUCCUUCUGUCUCUGGCAACCUAGAAAGCAGCCCCGCCCCGUGUGUGUGUGUGUGUUCGGCCACAUGCCCAUUGUCCCCGCCCCCGCUUUGGAAUGGAGGCGGGGCCUAGGCUCCCUUCGGCUGCUGGGAUGCUAACAGUGAAGUAGAAAGGAAAGGGACGAAUGUUGGAUGAGAGAUCAACUAACUUUCUCCCACCUUUCGCGAAAUCGCGGUGCGGUGUCCGCUCCCGUUUAGCUCCGUCCAUAGAAGGUCUCUGUUUUCCAUCAUGAGCAUAUUGCAGAGAUUUCAGUCUGUGGUACUGUUUGUUAGACAUGGCUUGAGGCGACAGAGAACUCUGGCUGAGAUCAAUGCAGAUGCUUCUUUUGUACACCCCCCUCCUGAUGGGGGCUGGGGCUGGGUUGUGGUGUUGGCAGCAGCCAUCCAUUCCUUGUUUAUCAGUGGCUUCCACAGUGCUUUUGGCGUUUAUAUGAUGCCCCUUCUUACAACCUUCAAGGCAAGCAACUCACAGAUAGCCUGGAUCGGAUCCAUCAGCUAUGCUUUCAUUAUGAUAUUUGGUCCUGUAUCUGGAAAACUUCUGGUGAAAUAUGGAGCCAUCAAAGUGGCAAUAAUUGGAGCAAUGGUUGUCAUGAUUGGUCUAAUGUGUUCUUCCUAUACCUAUGAUUUGCGUUUACUAUUUUUCACUCAAGGAAUCAUUGUUGGCGUGGGAUCAAGCCUGGGCACCACUCCAGGCCUGAUAAUGGUCAGCCUUUACUUUACUAAAAAGCGCUCAUUUGCGACUGGAAUAGUGAUGGCAGGAGGGUGCGCAGGAACUUUUGUGCAGAAUAAACUUCACGAGUACUUAAUUCAGACACUUGGAUGGAGACGUAGUCUACGUGUAUACAGUGGAAUUCUAAUAAUAUGCAUCAUUGCGGGAUUUGCAUACCAACCUCUUCAAAAACAUAGAGCUCAUCCAAGUGUAGUCGAAAAGUUUAAAACCUCCCCACUAAGAGGUUUUAUUGUUGAUUUAAGUUUGUGGAAAGAUCGUAUCUUUGAGGUUUGGGUCUGUUCUCUUGGAUUAGCCAAAUUUGGAUUCUUCAUACCAUUUGUGCAUAUGAUUAAACUUGCUGGUGACCUGGGCAUUCCACUGGAGAAAGCAUCCUACAUUAUGGUAGCAAUUGGAGUGAGCAGCAUGGUUAGCUCUCUUCUAUUUGGAAAACUCUGUGAUAUUGAACGAAUCGAUCGGCUGUAUCUUAACCAAGUGUCCAUAUUGUCCGUUGGAAACUAUGUUCUCUUACCUGUCCUUACAUUUGAUUUGAUGGGACCCGAGAAAAUGCCAGUUGCAUGGGGAUUUCUCAUGGUUGUCAAUGCAAGCAGUUGUUUUGGUGCACCCUUUGCAGGUGCAAUGUAUGACUUGCUCGGCAACUACAAUAUUGGCUUUGUAGUAACUGGAAUUUGCAAUAUUGCUGCAGCUAGCAUCCUUGCUUUCAUUCCAUGGCUGCAAAGAGAAACAACACAGUCAUCGAAAAACUAUCUUAAUGCUUCUGUAUGUGUGAUAACAAACACCAUAGUUCCUUGGCAAUCACCCACUCCUUCGUUAGGGAGUCUAACUUCCUCCUACACAAAAACACUUUAUGCUGGUGAUGAAACUCAAUCUUAUCAUUCAAAAAGAUUUGCCGGUAGUAUUAAAUCAUUCAGUGUGAAAUCGUUAAAAAGCAUAAUGAAGUCAGAUGCAACAGGGCCUUUGACAAAAGCAGAACCAAAAUCUUCCGCUGGGACAUUGGAGAUUGACUCACAAGAACAGGUUGAAAGAAAAACAGAUUUGAUGCCAAUGCAAGAGCUAAGCACACCAGAAACAUCAUUUAAAAGUGAAAGUGGAUUGAUAAAACAUCCAGAAUACAUUUCCUACAAAAAAGAAGAUGUGUUGGCUUUUCUAAACACGUAUGAGGCUGAUGAGGAAGAGAAAUUUGUAAGUGAAAUUGAUUUGAGGCCAAAUAAGGAACUAACCAUGUCAGAUGCAGAAACUUUUGAAUCUACAAAACAGUUGGAACGCAUUCCCCAUAAAAGAGAAGAUGUAGUGGCUUUCGUCAAUGAAUAUGAUGGUGAAGAAGAAGAAGAGAAAUUUGAUACCACAAAAGAGCUGAAGCCGAAACUGGUAUGGGUGCUGCCCACAUCAGAUGAAGAAAUGUCAGGAGAGCGCAAAGUGGCUUUUGCAGAUGACCAUUAUGACGACGAAGAUGUGCACUUUGGUAGUGUAACUAACUUGAGGCCAGUACAGGUGCUAACCGUAUCAGAUGCAGAAACUCCAGAAUCUACAAAACCAGCCGAGCGCAGAGUGGCUUUCGCAGAUGACCAUUAUGAUGACGAAGGAGAGCAUCUUGAGGGCAGAGCUGAUACGAGGCCAGUGCAGGAGAUACCAGUAUCAGAUGCAGAAACUUCGGGAUCAUUCAAACAAGCAGAGCGCAGAGUGGCUUUUGCAGAUGACUAUGAUGAUGCUGAAGGUGCACAUCCUGGGAGCUUAGCUGACUUGAGGCCAAGGCAAGUGCUAUCCAUAUCGGAUGCAGAAACUUUGGGAUCUUUCAGACCAACAGAGCGCAGAGUGUCUUUUGCAGAUGACCAACCUGAGGGUAAAGGAGAGCACCCUGAGAGCAGAGCUGAUGCCAAGAGUUCAGGAUCUACACAUCCGACAGGAUACCCUCCCCUGGUAAGAGGAAUGGCUUUCCUAGAGAACUCUGAAGGUGAUGAAGAGCCCAGCCAAUUCGAGACCAAUAAAAACCCCCUUUAGAAGUGAAACUUCAACACAUGCAAUACAGGCACAGCAAAUGCCUUCGACUUCCCAUGGAAAAGAAGAGGGUAUGGCAUCUGCCAGUGAUGAUGAUGAUGGUGAACAAGCACCACAACAGAAAUGAUCAGAGUGCAGCAGCAAUGUUAACGAUACUGGAUCAGUUACAAAUCUGUCUGUCUGGCCCAUCAAGGGUACAUUACAUAGUACCCUUGCUUGAUGUCUGAGUAGUAUUCACAAAAUACCAUUUACUAAAAAGCACUUCUUUCAGCUGUAUAUUAUUUUUGUAAUUUGGAUGUAGAAACAAUUUGUAAUUGACUGGAUUUCUAGUGUGGUUGAAAAGUUUUUGACAAUUGCUUUUUAAAAAUAAAAUAAAGCUCCUCAAUU